AUGUUUCGCCUAUUGCAAGAAGCAAAGCAGAUAAAAAAUGGGGAAUCCCCAACAUCUUCUGUCGAAGAGUUGAGCCGUUUCCUCGUAACAUUCUGCGUAGAUUUCAUCAAUAGUCUAAGAUGGGACGAAGAUGCUCCGCCAUCGAUACGAUUUUGGGAGGAAGAGGCUGCUUCAAAGUCUAUACAAUUGUUGUACAUGGAAGCAAUUGAUAAUGUGGCGGCUCAAGAAAGAAAAUUAUUUCAGCUUUUCAAAAAGAAAAUGGAGAAAAAGAAGAAAGAGAGCGACAUCAAAGAACCAGAUUCGAAAAUAGAUAAGGAUAUCCAAGAAGGUGAAAAUUGGAGUUCAAUCAGCGAGGCAACCAUUCUUUUGGGCGAGAUUAAAGAUAUACUUCACGAACUAAUGAUCUUAAAACCUCUUCUCACGCAGCAACAACAUGUUUGGCUAGAGCUCGUAGGGCUAGAGUCUGGAAAAGACAGUUCUUGGGGCCCUACUCACAUACUAAACAAGCUUACAGAAAUGAUCGAAAUGGCCGAAAGGAAUCGAAAAUUGGUUCAUGAUGUAUUAAAUCUCGAGCAAAAUAGUAUCAACAUCAUGGAAGCUGUACUUUCUCGAAAGCUGGCGGAAGAAUCUGCUCUCCUUACAACGCUUAAUGAGAAGGCUUCUCGCGAAGGCAAGGUUUUGAUUGUUUUUACCAUUGUAACUGUGGUUUUCACGCCCUUGUCUUUCCUCACAUCGCUAUUCUCAUUGAACAUAACGGUGUUUCAACACAAUAGCGAUGGAGAUAUUGAAUAUGAACCAAGCUGGAUCUUCCCCAUCAUUUUUAGCUUCCUCCCCAUUCGUUUCUUGAUAAUUGUAAGGUAA